GGUCUCCAUCUCUCAUCUAUGGACGAUCACAAACACACACAAGGCCACAGCCCAGCGCCUGCCUCAGCUGUGUCCUCUACCUCCCAGUGGUGGCCACCAUGAGGGACCUGCGAAAGAAGGGGACACUGGAAGCAGCAGCCGGGGAGACCCUGGGGCAGACUCUGACCGUGGUUCAACUGGACGUAUGCAGUGAUGAGUCAGUAACACAGUGUCUCAGCUGCAUCCAGGGCGAAGUGGACGUGCUGGUGAAUAAUGCCGGCAUGGGCCUGGUCGGGCCCCUGGAGGGGCUCAGUAUAGCUACCAUGCAGAAUGUCUUUGACACCAACUUUUUUGGAGCCAUCCGUCUGGUCAAAGCUGUGCUUCCAAGCAUGAAGAGGAGGAGGCAGGGCCACAUCGUGGUGGUCAGCAGUGUCAUGGGACUGCAGGGUGUCAUGUUCAACGAUGUCUACGCGGCCUCCAAGUUCGCCAUAGAGGGGUUCUUCGAGAGUCUGGCUAUCCAGCUGCUCCAGUUCAACGUCUUCAUCUCCCUAGUGGAGCCAGGCCCAGUGGUCACUGACUUUGAAGGGAAGCUCUUGGCACAAGUGGCGGAAGCCGAGUUCCCGGGCACCGACCCCGAGACCCUGAGCUACUUCCGGGACCUCUACCUCCCGGCCUCCAGGGAGCUCUUCCGCUCGGUGGGGCAGAGCCCACAGGAGGUGGCGCAGGCCAUCGUCAAGGUCAUCGGCUCCACCCGGCCACCCCUGCGCAGACAGACCAACGCCCGCUACAGCCCGCUGACCGCGCUCAAGGCCGCCAACCCCUCCGGCCACCUUUACGUGCGAGCCACCCACGGCCUCCUCUUCCGCUGGCCGCGCCUGCUCUACCUCAGCCUGCGAUUCCUGGCCUGCGGCUGCCUUCCCACCCGGGUGAGGCCCCGAUGAGCAAGCCAGACAGGAGCCUCCCCACCCCCGAACUGCUCAAUGGUCCAGACAGAUCUGCAUUCAUUCAUUCCUUUACGCAUUCAUUUAUGCAACAAACUGCCUUGCCAGGUCUGACACCCACUCCUCCCUCCCCCCAGAAAGGCCACAGCUUCCAGGCACAGACUUCUCUGUGGUUAGUUAGGUCUAGAGAGUGAGACCCGGUCACCCUGGGCUGAGAGGGGCCAAGAGCAGAAAGCCAGGGCUAUGUUUGGGAAAGCAAGGGAGGCUUCCUGGAGGAGGAGGCAUUGUCAUGGACCUUGAAAGAUGAGAAGACUCUGCCUUCUUCAAUCUCAUCGCCAUGAGGCUUCAUUAUCCUGGGCCUGGGAUUACAAGAAUAUUCCAGAACCAACACCCCAAACCCCCUACUCAAAGACACUCAAGCUAGGUCAUAUGGGGGUGGGGAGGUGUGGAAAAGAGGGUCUUAACUUUCCUGGUCACACACCCCGUAAGUAAAUUGCAAACCCUCCAGCAAUGUAUGAAUUUAUUUUUCCA